GGCUGGCGUUCCCGGCGCUCCCAGCCGUCGGUCUCCCUGCCGCGGUCGCGCAGUCUCGCGAGAGUUGGGAGUAAACAGCCCCGAAUGGAGACGCGAGGCGUGUUUGCCGCGGAGGCGCCGUUAUCCCGGGCCCCCCGGACCCGAACUUGAGGCGGCCGCAGCUGCCUUAAAACCCUUCUUCCUGGAGAGAAGUGAGGAGUAACUAAAGGAGGAAACGAAAAGGUGUUUCGUGCCUGAGCUGCACGUGUGUCUCAUCUUCUAACGGGGCGUCUUGGUGGCCCUCUGGCCUGUGGUGCACGUAGGACUGACUCCCGCCUGGCUCGCUUUGUUUUGUAGACCGCUUACAACUCCCAGAGUGACCGCUCGCCCCGCUGGACUGUGGUUCUGUGCUGCAGAUGGAGCGUAGGACUCAGUUGUCUGGGCCAGAGUGAGAGGAGCCCGAGGCCCAAGAUGGAGAAGAAACGAAGAAAGAAAUGAAAGCCUCCUUCCAGGCCAAACCACAAAAGGCCAUGAAAUUUACCUUUUAUUUACGUUGGACAAGACUGUAAAAUGGCUGAUCAAUAAUGUUUCAGCUUUUUGCCGGAACAAAAAUUAACUUAUAAUCAAGGAAGAAAAAAGUGCGAUUUGAAUUUAUGCGAUUUUAUGACCAUUUUCACUUAAGACCAUGAAGCUUGUCAACAUCUGGCUGCUUCUGCUAGUGGUUUUGCUCUGUGGGAAGAGACAUCUGGGGGACAGAUUGGAGAAGAAGUCUUUCGAAAAGGCCCCGUGCCCUGGCUGUUCCCACCUGACCUUGAAGGUGGAAUUCUCCUCAACAGUUGUGGAAUACGAAUACAUCGUGGCUUUCAAUGGAUACUUUACAGCCAAAGCUAGGAAUUCUUUUAUUUCAAGUGCCCUGAAGAGCAGUGAAAUAGACAAUUGGAGAAUCAUUCCACGAAACAACCCAUCCAGUGACUACCCUAGUGAUUUUGAGGUGAUUCAGAUAAAAGAAAAACAGAAAGCGGGGCUGCUCACACUUGAAGAUCAUCCCAACAUCAAACGGGUGACACCCCAGCGGAAAGUCUUCCGUUCGCUCAAGUACGCGGAGUCUGAUCCUGGAGCGCCGUGUAACGACACCCGGUGGAGCCAGAAGUGGCAGUCGUCACGGCCCCUGCGAAGAGCCAGCCUCUCCCUGGGCUCUGGGUUCUGGCACGCUACAGGGCGACACUCGAGUAGACGGUUGCUGCGAGCCAUCCCGCGCCAGGUCGCCCAGACCCUGCAGGCCGACGUGCUCUGGCAGAUGGGCUACACAGGUGCUAACGUAAGGGUUGCUGUUUUUGACACUGGGCUGAGUGAGAAGCAUCCCCACUUCAAAAAUGUGAAGGAAAGAACCAACUGGACCAAUGAGCGGACGUUGGAUGACGGGCUGGGCCAUGGCACCUUUGUGGCAGGUGUGAUAGCCAGCAUGCGGGAGUGCCAAGGAUUUGCUCCAGAUGCGGAACUUCAUAUUUUCAGGGUCUUUACCAAUAACCAGGUAUCCUACACCUCCUGGUUCCUGGACGCCUUCAAUUACGCCAUCCUGAAGAAGAUGGAUGUGCUGAACCUCAGCAUCGGCGGGCCCGACUUCAUGGACCAUCCCUUUGUCGACAAGGUGUGGGAAUUAACGGCUAACAACGUAAUCAUGGUUUCUGCUAUUGGCAACGAUGGGCCUCUUUAUGGCACUCUGAAUAACCCUGCUGACCAAAUGGACGUGAUCGGAGUGGGUGGCAUUGACUUCGAGGACAACAUCGCCCGCUUCUCCUCGAGGGGAAUGACUACCUGGGAACUGCCAGGAGGCUAUGGCCGUGUGAAGCCCGAUAUCGUCACCUAUGGCGCUGGAGUGAGGGGCUCUGGUGUGAAAGGGGGCUGCCGGGCCCUGUCGGGGACCAGCGUGGCAUCUCCGGUGGUCGCCGGUGCCGUCACCUUGCUGGUAAGCACAGUGCAGAAGCGUGAACUGGUGAACCCGGCCAGCAUGAAGCAGGCGCUCAUUGCGUCCGCCCGCAGGCUUCCUGGUGUGAAUAUGUUUGAGCAAGGCCACGGCAAGCUGGAUCUCCUCAGGGCCUAUCAGAUCCUCAACAGCUACAAGCCGCAGGCGAGUCUGAGCCCCAGCUACAUAGAUCUGACCGAGUGUCCCUACAUGUGGCCGUACUGCUCCCAGCCCAUCUACUAUGGAGGGAUGCCGACAAUCGUCAACGUCACGAUCCUCAACGGCAUGGGCGUCACAGGAAGGAUUGUAGACAAGCCUGACUGGCAGCCCUACUUGCCGCAGAAUGGAGACAACAUCGAAGUUGCUUUCUCGUACUCCUCCGUGUUAUGGCCGUGGUCAGGCUACCUGGCCAUCUCCAUCUCUGUCACCAAGAAGGCGGCUUCAUGGGAAGGCGUCGCACAGGGACACGUCACGGUCACCGUAGCUUCCCCAGCGGAGUCAAAAAAUGGUGCAGAACAGACUUCAACCGUGAAGCUCCCAAUUAAGGUGAAGAUAAUUCCUGCUCCUCCACGGAGCAAGAGAGUUCUCUGGGACCAGUACCACAACCUCCGCUACCCCCCUGGCUACUUCCCCAGGGAUAACCUGAGAAUGAAGAAUGACCCUCUGGACUGGAAUGGUGACCAUAUCCACACCAACUUCCGGGACAUGUACCAGCACUUGAGAAGCAUGGGCUACUUUGUUGAAGUCCUCGGCUCCCCUUUCACAUGCUUUGACGCAAGUCAGUAUGGAACUUUGCUCAUGGUGGACAGCGAGGAGGAGUACUUCCCCGAGGAGGUUGCCAAGCUGAGGAGGGAUGUGGACAAUGGCCUUUCACUCAUUGUCUUCAGUGAUUGGUACAACACGUCUGUCAUGAGGAAAGUCAAGUUUUACGACGAAAACACGAGGCAGUGGUGGAUGCCGGACACCGGAGGGGCUAAUGUCCCUGCUCUGAACGAACUUCUCUCUGUCUGGAACAUGGGGUUCAGCGAUGGCCUGUAUGAAGGGGAUUUUACUUUAGCAAACCAUGACAUGUAUUACGCGUCAGGGUGCAGCAUUGCUAAAUUUCCAGAAGAUGGCAUAGUGAUAACACAGACUUUUAAAGACCAAGGAUUGGAGGUUUUAAAGCAGGAAACGGCAGUUGUUGAAAAUGUGCCCAUUUUGGGACUUUAUCAGAUCCCAGCUGAGGGCGGAGGCCGGAUUGUGCUGUAUGGAGACUCCAACUGUUUGGACGACAGUCACCGACAGAAGGACUGCUUUUGGCUCCUGGAUGCGCUUCUCCAAUACACGUCCUAUGGGGUGACCCCUCCCAGCCUCAGUCAUUCCGGAAACCGGCAGCGCCCUCCCAGCGGAGCCGGCUCGGCCACUCCAGAGAGGAUGGAAGGGAACCACCUGCACCGGUACUCCAAGGUCCUCGAGGCCCGUCUGGGAGGCCCGGAGCCUCGGGCUCUGCCGGCCUGUCCGCACCUGUCAUGGGCCAAGCCACAGCCUUUAAACGAGACGGCUCCCAGUAAUCUUUGGAAACAUCAGAAGCUGCUCUCCAUUGACCUGGACAAAGUGGUGUUACCCAACUUCCGAUCGAACCGCCCUCAAGUGAGACCGUUGUCUCCCGGAGAGAGCGGUGCCUGGGACAUUCCUGGAGGGAUCAUGCCUGGCCGCUACAACCAGGAGGUGGGCCAGACCAUCCCCGUGUUUGCCUUCCUGGGAGCCAUGGUGGUCCUGGCCUUCUUUGUGGUACAAAUCAACAAGGCCAGAAGCAGGCCGAAGCGCAGGAAGCCCAGGGUGAAGCGCCCCCAGCUCAUGCAGCAGGCUCACCCACCAAAGACCCCUUCGGUGUGACAGCAGCCCAGCCGACCGUGAGAGCCAAAGAGAGCCUUCGAGGACGGCCGUGGGGGGCAGCCCACUGGAAAGGGAUCACGUCUCCAGCUGCAGCGUCGUCGAGUCUGUCCUCAGUGGGCCUCCCGGGGGCCUGCGGGAGGGGCUCGUGGGUCAGCCUCUGGGGGGACCUCCUGCAGCUGCAGCGCGCACCCAGGGUGGGGGGGGUUUGGGCAGGCUGGCUGGGGCCCCUGACCCGAGGGGGCGCGCCGCGUUACACCAGCGAAAGCUCUGACCAAGCUGAACUGUGCUCGUCAAAGGCUAUUUUCUAUAUUUAUUGUUGGGAAAAGUCACUUUAAAGACUUGUGCUAUUUGGAAGCAAAGCUAUUUUUUUUGUCAGUGGAAUGCAGUUUUUUACUAUGACAUCAUGAGGAAUAACACAGAUUCCGUGAUCUCCUUUUCGAUGAAAGGACAGACUGAGAUUUGAAGGAAACUUGCACAGAUCUGUGAAACAUAGACCUUCGCUUUAUUUUUAUAAGUAUCAACUGCCAUCAUGUUUUGUAAUUUGGGGUCUUGAUUUCACCAUUGUCGGUGAAGAAAAUUUUCAAUAAAUAUGCAUUACCUGUAUGAAGCUGAAAA